CUCCAGUCUGCUUUUGAGAUCCACCUUUCGGGAAGUCAAAUGGAAAGCCGGCAAUCCCGUGACCUGGCGGCAUUUUCGUGCCUCUCCGCACGCGUGGUUACCUUCCGGCGUGUUAAUUGAAUGGAAUCUAUGGUUCACCACUUCAAUCCUAUAAUUUUCUUGAAUCAUGGGUGAAUUACAUAUAUGUAUCAUCACCUGCUAGGCAGGUUCGGGAAUCGCCCAUGGCUCUAUGGAUCCCGAAGAACAUGACAUCGAUCAUCAUACGAGCCUGGAGAUGGUGCACAGCGCCUCGGACAAGAAGACCUUUUUCCAAGAACUGGAAAGGUGGGGUUGUUUGGUGGAAGACUCAGGGGACGACGCAGAUGAGGGUUUUGGUCGUCUUAUAGCGCUGUCAAGAAACUAUGUUGAACCUGUUCCUUAUACUUCACCGGGGGGGAAAUCAAGUGCCUUGGAAGUAACUUCCCCUUCACGGUCAUCUUCACUGGGCUCAAGGCAAUGCGGAGACGCAUCUGCAAUUGACAUUGAAGAUGUACGAGCUUCUAUUAUAAAAGAAUCGAACACUAUGGGAACCCUGAAGAACAAAGCCGACGUCUAUAUCGGCAAGAAAAGACGUGCACCGACCUUGAAAUUAGUUCCGGAACAGCAGCAAAUAUUUAAGGGUCUUGUUUUUUUCUUCUUCCCGAAUAGUGACGUUUCCCCUCUACGGCGCCUGCGCAUUCAGCGAGCGCAGGAAUAUGGAGCUCUCUGGGCCCGUACUUGGGGUGAUAAUGUCACCCACGUUAUAGUUGACAAGGGGUUGGCUUUCCAGGAGGUUUUGAAAUAUCUUUGUUUGGAGACUUUUCCGCCGAACAUCGCCCUCCUCGAUGAGAGUUAUCCUUCGGAAUGCAUCAAGUUCCGAUCAAUCCUAAAUAUAUCACAAGCGCGAUUCCGUGUUAACGGGAUACCCGUUGUUUCAGAAAAAGGGGAGACGUCUCCCCUAAAUGAAUCGUCGGCCGAGUCUUUCGCACUGAAAGCAGGCAGCAGACAACAACAGCCUGAAACGCAGUCUCAAUCAUCUGAAAGCGAAGAAGAUCCUCCUUAUGUACAGCAAGCCAAUAAUUACCCAGAAAAAACAUCCCAAGAGCCUGUUUACGAACCACUUCGGGAGCGUGAUGCUCUAGAUGACAUGAUUGAUGAAGCCAAAGCUGUGAAGGACUUGCCACUCGAUUCUUCUGAUGAACAUAUCGGAUCCGACCUAGAAACCUCUGAGGAGUCGGACUCCAAGUCAAACACACGAAAGAGGAAAAGACUUUUGAAACGAGAUGUCAAAGAAAUGGACGCUCGGCAGACAAAGUUUGCCUGUAUGCAGAAGCAUGACCCGAAGUCAAAUUCUGACAAUCCUAAUAGGCGAACCAUUGACGUUCUUCAGCAGAUGCUGGACUAUUAUGCAAGGACUGACGACCACUGGCGCACACUUGCUUAUCGCAAGGCCAUCUCCGCUCUUCGGAGACAGCCAAAGAAGGUUCUCACGAGAUCGCAAGCUAUUGCUAUCCCUGGGAUAGGACCGCGCUUGGCGGAUAAAAUCGAGGAAAUUGUGUGCACAGACCGGCUUCGUCGCCUAGAGAACACCAAUACUACGCGCGAGGAUAUCAUACUUCAGGAAUUUUCAGGUGUUUACGGGGCUGGGAUCUUGCAGGCCUCCAGAUGGCUUGCCCAAGGCUACAAAUCAAUAGCGGAUUUGAGGACUAAAGCAUCACUAACCCCUCAACAGCGAAUCGGCGUCGAUCACUACCGUGAUUUCUCUCAGCGGAUUCCACGAAAGGAAGUUGAGACACAUGGAGAGAUCGUCAAAAGGGCCGUGCAAAAGGCCGACCCUGGAAUGCAGGUCAUUAUUAGUGGCUCUUACCGACGUGGCGCUGCUGACAGCGGAGACAUCGACUUGCUCAUUACCAAACCCGAUGCGACGAUUGAGCAGAUUCGGACCCUAAUGAUAAAUGUGGUAGUGCCGAAACUCUUCAAGCAAGGUUUCCUCCAGGCGAGCUUAGCCAUUACGUCGCGAGCGGAUGGGUCCAAAUGGCAUGGCGCAUCUCUGGCGCCUGGCAGCCAGAUCUGGCGACGGAUCGAUCUUCUUUUUGUGCCGGGUUCGGAGAUCGGCGCCGCAUUGGUAUACUUUACGGGGAACGACAUUUUCAAUCGAAGCAUGAGGCUACUGGCUAGCAAGAAAGGCAUGCGAUUGAACCAACGGGGACUAUACACAGACGUACUGCGAGGACCACAGCGGAUGAAGUUGAAUCCCGGUCGGUUACUCGAGGGUCGGGACGAGCGACGCAUCUUUGAGAUCCUAGGAGUUCCAUGGCGUCCUCCCGAGCAUCGAAUAUGCUGAUGGGACUUAGGUAUAAGGGGGAAGUAAAAUAAAUAAAAAAUUAAAAAAGAUAAAAACAAAUCUUCGGGUCCGGUAACGGAAAGAUGUCGGGGCCUUUAGGAAGCAGGAUGAAUGACAGAUAACAUUUGAUGCAUAACUAGUACUUUUUUCUGGUAGCUCUGGCUAUGAUUUAUUGUUCCCUUUUCCAGACCGACUUCUCCUCUUGCAUUAGAAUGCUGCAGUGUCACUGUAAGAAUGUCGCAAAGUUUUCAUGGAAGACAAGGUAUGGGCUGGAUGAUGGGGGUUGCUGUAAGGGCUGCAGGGACAGCGGUAUUGUACUCUGUACAGUUCAGUAAGCUUGGAAAGGUUUGUUGUGGUCCAAGGGUGGGACAGUAAUCCGAGUAAGUGGGAAUCAUUAAACGAGGGUGUAGGCCUUCACAUUCCGAGGGUGGCGAAAAAGGGGGAAAGUCAUGGUUUUCGUUGCAACAGAAA